AUGCCGAGCGAUAUCCAGCAACAGCUCGACCAUACCAAACCCAAUGUCAACUGGACAACGCUCGAGGGAGUCCAGCAGCCCUUGAACCUCAACAAUCUUGACACAUUAAAUAGUUUGAGCAAUGCCAGCGUCUAUCUAACCUCCUCAGAAGGAAUCGAAGCCAGUCCAGAACCAGCCUGGUUCCGAGGUAUCAGACCAGACUCACAAGGACGAACGGUUGGUGGUACCGCGAGUGCUAUUAUUGUCAUAGAUCGCGACGACCAAACUGUUGAUGCUUUCUACUUUUACUUCUAUGCAUACAACAAGGGUGGCAGAGUCCUAGGCUUGGAAUUCGGUGACCAUAUCGGAGACUGGGAACACAAUAUGAUCCGCUUCGUCAACGGUACCCCCAACGCAAUAUGGUAUAGCCAGCAUGCUCGAGGCCAGGCAUUCACCUACGGCGCGGUUGAGAAGAAAGAUAAGCGGCCCUAUGCGUACUCCGCGCAAGGGACGCAUGCCAACUAUGCAAUUUCAGGAAAACACGACCAUACUAUCCCGGGAAUCAACCUCCUCGCCGGGUUUUUAAUGGACUACACAGACCGUGGUAUACUAUGGGACCCCGUGCUAAAUGCCUACAUGUACACAUACAGCAUCACAACCGGUGCUUUUCAGUCUGCCAGUUCCCAAGACCCGGUGGGGUGGCUGAACUUCAACGGGAAAUGGGGCGAUGACCAGCCGCCCAAUGAGCCUUUGAUCUUCGGCCAGGCCAAGAAAGUUGGCGGCCCCAAUGGCCCGAAGUUCAAGGGCUUGGAUCGAGAGCUGGUGUGUCCAUCCGCACCGUGCUUGGUACUUCCAUUCAAGACGUUCGUUGCGAAUAGAACUUCGUGA